GCGAGUGUCUCCCUCAAACGCCUCAGGAUCUUUCUGUCUCACGAGGAGCUGGAGCCUGACAGCAUCGAGCGAAGGCCCGUCAAGGACGGCGGGGGCGCAAACAGCAUCACUGUGAAGAAUGCCACGUUCACGUGGGCCAGGGGCGACCCUCCGACGCUAAGUGGCAUCACCUUCUCCAUUCCGGAAGGUUCCUUGGUGGCCGUGGUGGGCCAAGUGGGCUGUGGAAAGUCAUCUCUGCUCUCAGCACUCCUGGCCGAGAUGGACAAGGUGGAGGGGCACGUGGCUAUCAAGGGCUCAGUGGCCUACGUCCCCCAGCAGGCCUGGAUUCAGAAUGAUUCCCUCCGAGAAAACAUCCUUUUCGGCCACCAGCUACAGGAACGGUAUUAUAAGACCGUCAUUGAAGCCUGUGCCCUCCUCCCAGAUCUGGAAAUCCUGCCCAGCGGGGACCGGACAGAGAUUGGUGAGAAGGCGCCUGUGGAGAGCAGCCGGGCUCCGACAUGCCGCCUCCCGGAGGUACCGUGCAGCUCCAGGCUUUCUCGAGCGCCGCCCCGGGGACGCAGCAGCAUGGGAGGGACCGUGCCCACUCCGCCGUCCCAUCUCUUCCCGCAGAGGUUCUACGUGGCCUCGUCCCGGCAGCUGAAGCGCCUCGAGUCGGUGAGCCGCUCCCCGGUCUACUCCCACUUCAGUGAGACCUUGCUGGGCGUCAGCGUCAUCCGCGCCUUCGAGGAGCAGGAACGCUUCAUCCGCCAGAGUGACCUGAAGGUGGACGAGAACCAGAAGGCCUAUUACCCCAGCAUCGUGGCCAACAGGUGGCUGGCGGUGCGGCUGGAGUGUGUAGGCAACUGCAUCGUCCUGUUCGCUGCCCUGUUCGCCGUGAUUUCCAGACACAGUCUCAGCGCCGGCUUGGUGGGCCUGUCCGUGUCGUACUCGCUGCAGGUCACCACGUACUUGAACUGGCUGGUUCGCAUGUCGUCCGAGAUGGAGACCAACAUCGUGGCGGUGGAGAGGUUGAAGGAGUAUUCAGAAACGGAGAAGGAGGCCCCUUGGCAAGUCCAGGAAAUGACUCCGCCCAGCACCUGGCCUCAGGUGGGCCGAGUAGAAUUCCGUGACUACGGCCUGCGAUACCGAGAAAACCUGGACUUGGUUCUCAAGCACAUCAACGUCACCAUUGAUGGAGGGGAAAAGGUCGGCAUCGUGGGGCGGACGGGAGCUGGGAAGUCGUCCCUGACCCUGGGCUUAUUUCGGAUCAACGAGUCUGCUGAGGGGGAGAUCGUUAUCGAUGACAUCAACAUUGCCAAGAUCGGCCUGCACGAUCUGCGCUUUAAGAUCACCAUCAUCCCGCAGGACCCUGUUUUGUUCUCGGGUUCCCUCCGCAUGAACCUGGACCCGUUCAGCCAGUACUCAGAUGAGGAAGUCUGGACGUCCCUGGAGCUGGCUCACCUGAAGGACUUCGUGUCCGCCCUUCCCGACAAGCUAAACCACGAGUGUGCGGAAGGCGGGGAGAACCUGAGCGUCGGGCAGCGCCAGCUUGUGUGUCUGGCCCGGGCUCUGCUGCGGAAGACCAAGAUCCUCGUGUUGGAUGAGGCCACGGCGGCCGUGGACCUCGAAACGGACGACCUCAUCCAGUCGACCAUCCGGACGCAGUUUGAGGACUGCACCGUGCUCACCAUUGCACACCGGCUCAACACCAUCAUGGACUACACGAGGGUCAUCGUCCUGGACAAGGGAGAGAUCCGGGAGUGCGGCCGGCCCUCCGACCUCCUGCAGCAGAGAGGUCUUUUCUACAGCAUGGCCAAAGAUGCUGGCCUGGUGUGAGCCGCGGAGCUGGUGCAUCUGGUCAGAAUUGCAGGGCUGACACGCCAGCGUCCGGGGGUGACGUACUGAAGCGCCGUCCUUGGGAACCCAAGCCUCCUGUAUACUGAAACCAAAAAAAAAAAGAGAAAAAAAAAACAACCCCCAAAACCAAAACUCAAAAGCAGCCACCAUCUGGCCCCCGAGCUGGAAUUGGCCGUGAAGAAGCAGGAGAGAGACAGAGAUGCAGCCCACCCAGAACACUCCCGCCCUUGCCUCCGUGGCCCCUGCAAGACGCACAUAUGUGCUCAGGCCCCUGGGAACGCACGCUCGUGCUCUUGGUGCUCCGUGAGGUUUUGGCAGCCAGACUGCCAGAGAAAGUGGUUUCAUAAAAUAAUGCUAGUGACCAAAUCCAGCCAACUGCCUCAGAUCUCUCCAGCCAAAGUCAACGGAUUCUGUCUUUGAGAAGCUCCCCGGCCCCCGGCAUCCCCCAGUGUGCUUUGUCUCCUUGGGGCUGCAGGUGGGAGUGAGGGGCCUGGGAAGAUUACUCUCCCCUCAGGCAGUACCCUGAGGGCCACGGACACUCUUCUUACCAACCAUCUGGUCUUCCAGGCGCUCAGACACUGGGAACCCACGUCCCAGCCCUGCUCUCCCGGUACUCGCCUCCCAGGCCAGGGGCAGCCUCCACAUCCCCGGACUUCUCACUGACGGGACUCGGCGGGACUUCCAGGCUGUCUGGACCUGGAGAUCAUCUCAGUACCAACUCCCCAGCCCGGCCGCUCCGCUCCUCAUCCACUCCAGUCUUCUCCUUGCUUUCCUCGCUCCCUCUUUCUACCCAUCGCUAGGAUGGCUUUACUGCCCUAGUCCCUGAGAGAGAAGAUCUGCCGAUGGUGAUGAAGCAGUCAAGGCUAAGAGUGCUAGGUACCUCCCAGGUGCGGCCGGUUGGGACUGAAAAGGGCCCCCUUGAGUCUCCUCUGUGUGGUUAGAUUUUUUUUUCCUCGCCCUUGGCAUCUGGGUGGCUUGAAGGAUGGCAGUGUGGAGAACUUGACAUUUCAUGACCGAGUCUCUUCCAGGACAAGAAAAGGACCCAUUCACAGAUAUCAGUGAUGGCUUUUUCUUUUUUUGUUUUGUUUUUUUGGCUUUAAGUGCUGCUCCAGGGGGGAAAAACAGUCUCAAGAGUUUAAUUUCUUGGGAGGAGGUGUUGGUUGAGGAGCGGCAUUCCCAGGGAUUCCCAGCCACGUUGGCCGGCAGGUGACAGGUGGUCCACGUGUUCCUGGAAGAAAAUGGAGAAGCAGAGUCCUUCUCGGUUUCUCAGAGACCAAAGCGAGACCCAAAACGCAGAGGAAGGUCACUGCUGCUCCAGGAUUCAUACUUGCUAUGAAUUACAUUGCUGACUUCACAUCCAGAGAAGCAUCUUUCUUCUUUUAGGUGGAAAUAUAUAUUUAUUUUUUUGUAAGUUAUACCAUUCUUUCACAUUAGAUAAACCAAGUUUUUCUUGGGGAUCUUUUUCUAAAGACUUACACUGGAAACGUGAACAUUUGCAAAUAAUUUACAGUAAAAAAAAAAUAUUUUGUUUCUUACUCAA